CUCCAUCCUCCCUCCUCCCCUGCCCGGCCCCAUCCUCCCCACGCCAGGCCCCCCGCCCCUGCCGUCAUCACGCUCCCGGUGUCUUCUCCCGUCUUGGCACUUUCCUUCGGAGCCAUCCUUCUGCACAAACUUUGAUGGAGAAUUUCAUACCGCGCUGGAAACAUGCCGGUUAUGAAAGGAUUACUGGCGCCGCAGAACACCUUCCUGGACACCAUCGCCACCCGCUUCGACGGAACACAUAGCAACUUCAUCCUCGCCAACGCCCAGGUGGCGAAGGGUUUCCCCAUAGUCUACUGCUCCGAUGGCUUCUGUGAACUGGCUGGGUUUGCCCGGACGGAGGUCAUGCAGAAGAGUUGCAGCUGCAAGUUUUUGUUUGGCGUUGAAACCAGUGAGCAGCUGAUGCUUCAGAUAGAAAAGUCACUGGAGGAAAAGACAGAGUUCAAAGGAGAGAUUAUGUUCUACAAAAAGAACGGGUCUCCAUUUUGGUGCCUAUUGGAUAUUGUCCCUAUAAAGAAUGAGAAAGGAGACGUGGUCCUUUUUCUGGCUUCCUUCAAAGAUAUAACGGACACAAAAGUGAAGAUUACUCCAGAAGAUAAAAAAGAAGACAGAGCCAAAGGAAGAUCAAGGGCAGGGACCCACUUUGACUCAGCCCGAAGGCGGAGCCGAGCUGUCCUUUAUCACAUCUCAGGACACCUGCAAAGAAGAGAAAAGAACAAACUGAAAAUAAAUAAUAAUGUUUUUGUAGAUAAACCAGCAUUUCCAGAGUAUAAAGUUUCUGAUGCAAAAAAGUCCAAGUUCAUCUUGUUGCAUUUUAGCACUUUUAAAGCUGGCUGGGACUGGCUGAUUUUGCUGGCGACGUUUUAUGUUGCCGUGACUGUACCUUACAACGUGUGCUUCAUUGGAAAUGACGAUCUCUCCACAACCAGGAGCACCACGGUCAGUGACAUCGCUGUGGAGAUUCUCUUCAUUAUAGAUAUUAUCUUAAAUUUCCGAACAACUUAUGUCAGCAAGUCUGGCCAAGUUAUCUUCGAAGCGAGAUCCAUUUGCAUCCACUACGUCACAACCUGGUUCAUCAUUGACUUGAUUGCUGCCUUGCCCUUUGACCUCCUGUAUGCUUUCAAUGUCACAGUGGUGUCUCUCGUGCAUCUCCUGAAGACAGUUCGGCUGCUGCGCCUUUUGCGCCUCCUGCAGAAACUGGACCGUUAUUCCCAGCACAGCACCAUCGUCCUCACCUUGCUCAUGUCCAUGUUUGCACUCCUUGCACACUGGAUGGCAUGCAUCUGGUAUGUCAUCGGCAAGAUGGAGAGGGAAGAGAACAGCCUCCUGAAGUGGGAAGUUGGUUGGCUUCAUGAGUUGGGAAAGAGACUGGAGUCUCCAUACUACAACAAUACGAUGGGGGGCCCGUCCAUCCGAAGUGCGUAUAUUGCCGCCCUCUACUUCACCCUCAGCAGCCUCACCAGCGUUGGGUUUGGUAAUGUGUCUGCGAACACUGAUGCUGAGAAGAUCUUCUCCAUCUGCACCAUGCUGAUUGGUGCCCUGAUGCACGCUUUGGUGUUUGGGAACGUGACAGCAAUCAUACAGAGAAUGUACUCCAGGUGGUCUCUGUACCACACCAGAACCAAGGACCUGAAGGACUUCAUCCGUGUGCAUCACCUGCCCCAGCAGCUCAAGCAGAGGGUGCUCGAGUACUUUCAGACCACCUGGUCAGUCAACAAUGGAAUAGAUUCAAAUGAGCUUUUGAAAGACUUUCCAGAUGAGCUGCGCUCCGACAUCACGAUGCAUCUGAACAAGGAGAUCCUGCAGCUGUCCCUGUUUGAAUGUGCCAGCCGGGGCUGCCUCAGGUCUCUGUCUCUCCACAUCAAAACCUCCUUCUGUGCUCCAGGGGAGUAUCUGCUGCGUCAAGGGGAUGCCUUGCAGGCCAUCUACUUUGUGUGCUCGGGCUCCAUGGAGGUUCUGAAAGACAGCAUGGUGCUGGCUAUUCUUGGGAAAGGAGAUUUAAUUGGAGCAAAUCUAUCAAUUAAAGACCAAGUGAUCAAGACGAACGCUGAUGUGAAGGCGCUGACCUACUGUGAUCUUCAGUGCAUCAUCCUCAAAGGGCUGUUUGAAGUACUCGACCUUUACCCAGAAUAUGCUCACAAAUUCGUGGAAGACAUCCAGCAUGACCUCACAUACAACCUUCGAGAAGGGCACGAGAGUGAUGUCAUAUCAAGAUUGUCGAGCAAAUCCACAGUCUCACAGUCAGAGCCCAAAGGGAAUGGCAGCAUCAACAAGACACUCCCAUCCAUUGUGGAAGAGGAGGAGGAAGAAGAGGAGGAGGAGGGUGAAGAAGAGGAGACCACCUCCCUCUCUCCCAUCUACACAAAGGGAUCCUCUGCCUUACACAGCACGAAGAUCGGGAGCAAUAACAGUUACCUAGGUUUAAGCUUAAAACAGCUGGCCUCGGGGACAGUGCCGUUCCACUCGCCUAUCAGAGUCUCCAGUGCCAACUCCCUGAAAACCAAGCAGGAGGCGCUCCCACCUAACCACACCAAGAGGAAAGAGAAGAACUUGAAAUUGCAGCUUACUACUUUGAACAGCGCCGGACCCCCAGAUCUCAGUCCAAGGGUUGUUGAUGGAAUUGAAGACAGGGACAGCUGUGAAGAAAGUCAGACGUUUGACUUCGGUUCUGAACGAAUCAGGCCAGACCCCAGAGUUUCCCCGCCCCUUGGAGACCCAGAGAUCGGAGCUGCUGUUCUGUUCAUCAAGGCUGAAGAGACCCAGCAGCAGAUAAACAAGCUCAACAGUGAGGUGACAACAUUGACCCAGGAGGUCUCCCAGCUAGGUAAAGACAUGAGGAACAUCAUGCAACUUCUAGAAACCAUCGUGUCGCCUCAGCAACCAUCCCGGUUUUGCUUCCUGCAUCCCAGCCCCAUGUGCCCCUCCCGGGAGAGCGUGCAGACCAGGGUGAGCUUGAGCGCACACCAGCCCUGCCUACACUUGCAGGCAGCCGGAGCACAGCUCUGUCGUGGUAAUGUCACCUCCAACAUCUGGGGUGUGGGUCCCUCCUCCGUGGGGAGCAGCCCCCAAAGGACUGAAGCUCCUCAGCCCAGCCCCACAGACAGUGAGCUGUACCGCUCUCCGGACCUUGACUACCCGUCCGGUUGCCGGGUCAUCCAGGAAGGUCCCUUGCCGUUCCUAAGGUGCAUCUCCCCACACUCCGAUACCACGCUGACGCCUUUGCAGUCUAUCUCGGCGACCCUGUCGUCCUCCGUCUGCUCUUCUUCAGAAACGUCUUUGCCCCUGGUUCUCCCAAGCAGAUCGGAAGAGGACAGCUUCACCCACAGACCCGUGAGCUCCUUCAGUCUGGAAAACUUACCGGGCUCUUGGGACAGGGAGGCGAUGGUGUCAGUGUCUACCGAGCCCUUGGAGAGCUUUCCGGUGGAGGUUGUCACAAGCACAGCUGACGUAGAAGACAGCAAAGCCAUACAGGUAUGACGUCAGCACACAGGACAGGCUGCCAGCGCCAAGCCCGCUGCUGCACGACGGCUCUGCCGUGCCUUCUUCGGCCUCUAUUGGGCACGGAGGCUCGGAAAUUCUGCAGAGGGGAGGACGGGGAGUCGGGGAACGGCAGAGCCACCCCGUACCGUAGCACACGAUUUCUAGAUCUUAGAAGCAUCAUGCAACCCCUUUUCUGUACAGGUAUUAACUUACCGGUCUGUGUGACAGAUUUGGGUAAAUGUCUGAAGACCCUGAGGGUCUGCGCAGCUCGAAAUCCCAGACGAGGAGUGUGAGGAUUAGUUUUGUCGUAGGCGGCUUUUGUGAAGUGCAGCAAAGGCUUUUCCUGAGUGCCUGUUUGUCGUUACUAAACAGUAUCCACACCACUGUUGGCCUCGGGAGUGCUCGGCUCCCGCUGAUCUAUUUUCCUUUUCGGGAAGGCAGAGGGACAAUUAUCACUGCGUGUCAUCUCCUAGACAAUCAGUCAAAUAGAGCUGGUGGCCAGUGGUUAGCUAUUCGCACGUUAUUUGCCAUGUAAAUGAAAUGUCUUUAUUUAUCGAAAAAAGAAGUUAUUUUUAUAUCCUUGGUAUGAAAUAUGUAUUUAAACUAUUUAAAAUAUUUAUAAAGAAAUGAAUGUUUUCCUUUCAUUUUGGUAAAAAAGAAAGCUUGCUGUUUUAACAAGAAAUGCACUCCUGUUAUGUAUAGUAGAUCAAAAAUUAUUUAUUAUUAAGAGGAUGUAGUUUCAAAAGGAAUCCCCUUUUAUCUGCAUGCAAAAAGAAAUGUACCCUCACACUUCUGGAUUACAAAAGAAACAUGAAGUCAUAUUUUAUUAAUGAAAUAAAACAUGGACUCAGUGUGAACUCC